AUGGGUGGUGGUAACGAGCAGAAGGGCAAUGACUCUUCUUACCCCCUCUUCGCUGAGCGGCCCGUCGGCGUGCCCAAAACAAGCAUUUUGAAAGGCCGCAUUGAGCCGUUCUAUAAGUCAGGACAGUACUAUAAGGUUAACUUACAGGCGAACAUGUACAAUGGCAGGUACUCGGGCAAACCUCAUGUAAAACUCUCCGUCUGGGAUGCGCCGGAUCUUACUCGGCCGACUUUUGAAGAUGCUGUUAGCCACGAGUUCAAGGAAACACACGUGGGCACUUCUUUUGGACCUUCAUGGUCCACACACUGGUUCAAGGUUAUUCUGUGUAUCCCAAAGGAUAUCAAGGAUGAGGAGCUCAUUGAGCUUCACUGGGAUGCCAACAAUGAGGGCACUAUCUGGACUGAAGAUGGUGUUCCCAUUCAAGGUCUCACGGGAGGCGGAGAGCGCAUCGAGUGGAUUAUUCCCGAUUCAUUCCGCGAUGGCGACGAACACACCAUUUAUAUCGAAAUGGCUUGCAAUGGCAUGUUCGGAAACGCUCCCAACGGCACAACAACAAUUGCACCACCAGAUCCCAACAGGCGUUUCAACCUGAGCAAAGCUGACAUAGUCGCGAUCAAUGUGCCGGCUCGCAAGCUUCACAUCGACAUGUGGGAGAUUGGCGAUGCUGCCAGAGAACUUCCCGAGAACUCAGCAGAACAGAACCAUGCCUUGUCUGUUGCCAUGAAGAUCAUCAAUACGUUCGAGGUCGACAAUCAAGAGUCGAUCCUCAAGUGCCGAGAAAUUGCGCGUGAAAUUCUCGGUCCUGAUGUUGAUUCGCACAAGGUUUAUGAAGUGGGAAAGGACCCUGUUGUAUUUGGAAUCGGCCAUUGCCACAUCGAUAGCUGCUGGCUCUGGCCCUGGGCCGAGACGAAGCGCAAAGUUGUGCGAUCUUGGACUAAUCAGUGUGAUCUAAUGGAUCGCUAUCCAGAACACAACUUUGCUUGUUCUCAAGCCCAGCAAUACAAAUGGCUCAAGACCUACUACCCUGCUGCUUACAAGCGAGUCAAGCAGAAGGUGAAGGAAGGCCAGUUCCAUCCUAUUGGUGGCAGCUGGGUCGAACAUGAUACCAAUUUGCCCAGUGGUGAAUCUCUUGUUCGACAAUUCCUUUACGGUCAACGCUUCUUCGAGGCCGAGUUCGGCAGUCGAAGCCGUACUUUCUGGCUACCUGACACCUUUGGAUACUCAAGUCAACUACCCCAACUCUGUCGCCUUGCCGGAAUGGAUCGGUUCCUGACCCAGAAGUUGAGCUGGAACAACAUCAACAACUUUCCUCACACUACCUUCAUGUGGGUCAGUCCUGAUGGAAGUCAAGUCAUCUGCCACAUGCCUCCCUCCGAAACAUAUACCGCUAGUGCCGACUUUGGAGAUUUGAGGAGGAGUGUCGUGAACCACAAAACAAUGCGGGUUGAUAACACAUCUUUGUUGGUCUUCGGAAAGGGUGACGGCGGUGGUGGUCCUACCUGGGAACACUUUGAGAAGCUUCGCCGAUGUGCUGGAAUCAGCAACACCAUUGGUGGCAUUCCCAAGGUUAAAAUGGGGUUGACAGUUGAUGAUUACUUUGACCGCCUAAACCACAAGGCCAGCGAGUUUCCUACCUGGUAUGGUGAGCUGUAUUUCGAAUUACACAGGGGCACAUACACGACACAAGCAAACAACAAAUACUACAACCGAAAGGCUGAGGUGAUGUUGCGAGACAUUGAGCAGCUGGCCACAUAUGCUUCAAUCAAAAACAGGUCGUACAAGUACCCUACUAAGGACUUGGAUGAUAUGUGGGAGGCUGUUCUACUGUGCCAGUUCCAUGAUUGUCUACCAGGAAGCAGUAUUGAGAUGUGCUACGAUGAUUCUGAUAAGAUCUAUGCUGAAGUUUUUGAAACUGGUAAACGUCUCCUGAAGGAGCUGUACGAAUCACUCAACGUGGCCAGCCAGUUUUCAACCUGUAUUAACGAAUCUGUGGCAAUUAACACCCUACCUUGGCACCGAAAGGAGCUGGUCGAAUUUUCCGAUGGUGAAGUUGGUGUCGCAUGUGGUGAUGGUCAGCUUCUGGCUCUCCGCUCGUUUAAGGUGCAGGAAGAAAAGCCUGCAGUCACUGUCAUGGAGCAAUCAACAGACAUCUAUGUUUUGCAAAAUGAUCAACUUCGAGUUGUCGUCGAUAACGGUGUCAUCACAUCUCUUUACGAUGUUGUCAAUGAUCGCGAAGUCAUCGAAAAGGGUGGAGAAGCCAACAAGUUUGUUAUCUUCGACGACAUUCCGCUUUACUGGCAAGCAUGGGAUGUGGAGGUGUACCAUCUCGACGCUCGCAGAAAGGUUCAAUAUGGCAAGACCAAGAUCUUUGAGCAGAAGUCUCAUCGAGUUACCUUGGUCACGGAAAUUAAGGUCAGCGAGAACAGCUCCAUCAAGUCGUACACCACCCUUUCAGCAGCGCUUAAGGGCCAGCCUUCUCAAAUCGAUGUGAGAGCAGAGGUCAACUGGCAUGAGGACUCCAAGUUCCUCAAGGUUGAGUUCCCUGUGAACGUUGUCAACACCGAGGCCUCGUAUGAGACCGCUUUCAGCAUCACCAAGCGACCAACACACUACAACACAAGUUGGGACAUGGCCAAGUUUGAGGUGUGCUGCCACAAAUUCGCUGACCUAUCUGAAAAUAACUAUGGUGUUUCCAUCCUCAACGACAGCAAAUAUGGCUUUGCGACUGCUGGUAAGGUGAUGCGACUCUCGCUUCUUCGAUCACCUAAGGCUCCCGAUGCCAAUGCCGAUAUGGGACGCCACACCAUCAGAUGGGCCAUUCUUCCUCACAAAGGCGGCCUCUCGUCCGCUACCGUCAAAGCUGCGUAUGCGUUCAAUAACCCCCUAAAGCCUGUUACAGCUUCCAAGGCCGCCCUCGAAAGCGUCUCCAGUGCACCAAUCAAGCUUGUCAAUACUGACGAGUCUGAUUCCCUUGUUCUUGACACGAUCAAGCGAGGUCAGGAUGAUGAAGAUGUGAGCCGAGAUGAAGGCCUGCGCAUCAAUAAAGGCCAAAGUGUCGUUCUCCGCGUGUACGAGUCCUUGGGCGGCCGCAGCCGAGGUACUAUCGAAACAAGCUUCAAGGUCAAGCGUGUCACCAAGACAAACAUUCUAGAAGAUGAGUUGGAGGAAAUCCACCAGUCCGAUGGCAAGAUUCCGAUUAUGCUCCGGCCAUUUGAAAUUGCAACCUUUAAGCUCGAGCUGUAG